GUGUAACUAUACAAGCUCUGUUGAAAAAUUUUAACGUCAAGUCGUCAAAAUUGUCAAUUGGUUGGGUAAUCAUAAGAAAACAUAAUUUUCGUAGCUUAAAGGAAAGGAACUAUGUUUAAGGUAUUAAGUGGCACAACUAGGUUGUCUAGGACGGCCCUGACCAGGUCUCUGCCGUCUUUUUCCACAUCUUCAUCACGUCUAGCCUCCGAAGACCCAACAAGCCGUAAAGAGGCUCCGAUUAUUAGCAAUGAAACUGUACUAGCUCGUCCUGAUGAAGUUAAGGAAAAAACUGUUCAUGACGCCACUAUUGCGGUGUCUGCGAAGGUUGACAUAAGUCCUAUAACUGGUGUGCCAGAUGAACACAUCAAAACACGACGCGUUCGUAUUUAUCAACCUUCCAAGAACGCAAUGCAAAGUGGUACCAGUAACACUCAUCACUGGGAAAUGGAAUUUGAUACACGUCAACGAUGGGAAAAUCCUUUAAUGGGGUGGACGUCCACUGGUGAUCCUUUGUCUAACAUGAAGAUACAGUUUGCAACUCCCGAUGAAGCAAUCGAGCACUGUGAAAAGAAUGGCUUAAUCUGGUACUUAGAUGUUCCUAAACGUGAAAAAGAAUUAAAACCCAAGAGCUAUGGAGUAAAUUUCGCAUGGAACCGUCGUACUAGAGUUUCCACCAAGUAGAUGCAAAUGAAAACAGGAUUUCAUUUAACUUUAUUUGUAGACAUUUUACAAGGGUAAUGAAAGUUUCUAAAUGAGAACUAGAAUUAAUUACUUUCGUAAUGUUUGUUACUUUCUAAAAGUGUAUUUAGUUUGUUGUUAAUUAAAUAUCAGGAAUAUAUAUUUUUGUGUUAUGCUUUUA